AUGAGCAGGGCGCUUACGGAGCACAUCAGCAGUAGCUUCCGAGAAGAUGCUCCUCGUCCUCCGGUACCAGGAGAGGAGGGAGCGUCGUCAUGCUGCAUACCCAGCCGGUCUGGAAAAAUGAAAGCCCUUAACAAGGUUAAAGAUACCCCCGCCGCCGCUGCGCUCCCCGGCUCCACUCCGAGGAGGAACGAGGAUGGACUCGGGGAGCCGGAGGGAAGCGCGUCCCCAGACUCGCCGCUGAUCCGAUGGACAAAGUCUUUGCAUUUUCUUCUCGGCGAUCAAGACGGUGCUCACCUGUUUAGAACCUUUUUGGAGCAGGACAAUUGCGUGGACACCUUGGACUUUUGGUUCGCGUGCAACGGCUUCAGGCAAAUGGACUUAAAGGAUACCAAAACACUGCGAGUAGCCAAAGUUAUUUUCAAACGGUACAUCGAGAACAACAGCAUCGUUGCCAAGCAGCUCAAACCCGCCACCAAGACCUUCAUCAAGGAUAGUAUUAAAAAGCAGCAGAUAGACUCUGCCAUGUUUGACCAGGCUCAGACCGAGAUCCAGUCCAACAUGGAAGAGAACGCUUAUCAGAUGUUUUUGACCUCUGACAUAUACCGUGAAUAUAUGCGCACCGGCUGCGAGAACGCCGCUUACGUGAAUCACGGCACGCUCGGCAGCGUCAAGCUUAUGUGUGGAUACCUUCCACCGCUUAUGGAGGAAGAGGAGUGGAGCUGUCAUGACCUGAAGGCAAAGGCUUUAGGCUCUGUGGUCGGACUUUCAGCUAAAUCGCUGAGGGCCACCGCCAUCAGCCGGACUGCAGCUGAAAUUCUGGAGAACGGUUGCAGGGCACACCGUCGCGGAGACAAUGCCAGCCCGUAUUUCGUCAACUCUGGCUACAUCUUCGCCCCUGCCACCAGCGCCAACGACAGUGAGAUCUCCAGCGAUGCUACGACUGACGAUUCAAUGUCAAUGACAGACAGUAGUGUAGACGGAAUCCCUCCUUAUAAGCUGGCCCCCAAGAAGCAUCUCCAGCGAGAGAUGAACCGCAGUGUCAAGAUCAACGGCCAGGUUACACUUCCCCACUUUCCAAGGACACAUCGUCUGCCGAAAGAGAUGACCCCUGUUGAGCCCGCAUCAUUUGCCGCCCAGCUCAUAACGCGGCUCGAGAAACUGAAGCGAGAGCAAGAAACCAUGAGCUCCUUGGCGGAGAGGCUACAGCAGAUCCAAGAGGAGGAGGAAAAAGAGGAAAGCACAGAUCUCUCCAGCAACAUCACCCUCCAUCACCCUCUUCUCCCAUCUGGUAACCAAUGUGAGGAGGACCCCCAAGCUAUCCUCGAUGAUCAUCUAUCACGGGUCCUGAAGACACCUGGCUGCCAGUCCCCCGGCGUGGUUCGACACUCACCCCGCUCACACUCCCCAGAACGGACGGGUGCCUUGGUAUCGUCAGGUCACGGGUCCUUCUUCGGUGCUUAUCCUGGCGCUGCUCUGAUGCCGGGCCGGCAGUCCACAAAGCACACCCAUCACCACUAUAUCCACCAUCAUCAUGCUGGGCCCAAGACGAAGGAGCAAAUUGAGGUUGAGGCAGCUCAGCGUGUACAGUGCCUCUGCCCUUCCGGAGGCGCCAAUUACUCUGACUUUACCCCUGUUCGCUGCAGCACUUUGUCAAGACGGCAAGUCAGAUCUUCUAAUGAGGGUUUGUCGUCAACAUGCCUUCCGCUUGGUACCACUGACCGGUCUCAAAAUGUUUGGCAGUGGAUUCUGGAGAGCGAGAGACAGGGCAAACACAAGCCUCACGGUUACCCCGGCCUUAAGAAGCCCAACCCCCUUGAAUUCAAAACCCUGCCUGGCCGAAGUCACUCGUUAUGGGGUGGGGGUGGCAUUGGUUCUGGAGCGAACCUUCGUGGGCACCACCCUGGCCAUCCAUUUAUACAGGACCCAGCCAUGCCACCGCUGCCCCCGCCAAACACUCUAGCACAGCUUGAAGAGGCCUGCCGUAGAUUGGAGGAGGUGUCCAAGCCACCAAAGCCGAGGCACUCAACAGUGGCCGUCAGCCUCAGAGAUCAGAGCCAUCCAGCCACAGCCUUCCCAGCCGGAGGGAGUUCUCUUGCCACUCUUGGACUACAAACGGACGAGUCAAACGAACUAAUGGUCACCUACUUCUUCUGUGGUGAGGAGAUUCCUUACCGGAGUGUGAUGAAGACCCACUGCCUCACCUUGGGACACUUUAAAGAACAGCUUAGCAAGAAAGGCAACUACCGGUACUACUUUAAGAAGGCCAGCGACGAGUUUGAGUGCGGCGCCGUGUUCGAGGAGGUGUGGGAGGACGCCACGGUUUUGCCAACGUACGAUGGCAAGGUCCUGGGUAAGGUGGAGAGGAUGGACUAGAAACGCUAGUAACUUCCUUUACACCAAAAGCUAAAGUCCCAGAAACUUGAGGAAAAGAGUCUGUAAUGAACUUUAUUUCUAGAAAUGAUUAAUACUAAGCUAAAAAAAAAAAAAAAGAGUUAAUAUAUCCAGCACAAGGAGUGAUUGAAGGAAGACGAGCCAAUGAAGUAUGCCUAACCCAGAGGAGGGACCGCCCCUCCCUGAUUUUCUCAACCAACCAGCCUUAGAAACACAAGGGAAUGACUCGAAAAAAAAACUUUACAGCUUCUUGAAUAUCUAACCACUGUUGUGAUGCAUAAGGAGAAGAGACUGUGGCUUGACUAGCGAGAGAACUGGAGACGCAGCACGCCGCCCAGCCUGCGCUUCAGCUUACUACAUAGUUACAAAGUGUUUAUACAUGUGCAUAUACAUACUUGCAUAUAUGUAUAUAUACAUGUAUUGUAUUUAGAUGCGUUUUUGUCACGAGUUGAAGGUUUUUAUUGAGUAUUUAUUUUGGAAAAAAAAAAAAAAAAAAACCCUCCCAACCUUGUUUUUACACUCUCCCCAUUUCUGGCCAAAAGGCAAGCUGCUUUGAAUGUUGGGAGAAUACUGUGGUGAAAUUGUUUCGUAUUUUGUUUUGUCCCAUAUUACUCUACACAAAGGAUGUGACAAUAGCCUAGCACCUCCCACCACCGCCUUGUUACCCCCCUCUGAUCCAACCUGACAUCCUUCUGUGGUCUUGGUCAAGGCUUCUAAUGGUCAAUCCCAGUCUUAUAUGCUGCUGAAAGUGUGAGAUGCUCGUCUCGUCACACUCGCGUUUCCUUCCCCCUUUGCCGGAGCUCACUUUUUGUCUCUCUGGUCUGGCAACAGAGCUCGGAUCCUUUUUUGCUUGUGUUUUUUUUUUUUUUUUUUUUUUUUGUGUUGUGCCUUUGUUUGUAAACUGGGCUUUGCACAGGGGGAGGCACACAGAGCUGAGACCUGGUGCACAAGUUGUACUAUCUAAUAAUGGCCGCGUUUACGGCUCACACCAAAACGAUUUGAGCUGAGCUAGAAGAAGCGUGAGAGGGGAUGAACAGUGAACAAUGAAGAACAAUGGCUCCGAUAUCCUUUGAAUGUUGCUAUAGUGACUUUGUAUUGAACAGAACUCCUGUAUACAUUGUAAUUAUGCAUUGGAAAGUAUGGAUACUGACACACGUGUUGCACAUCAGGAUGAUAUGCUCAAAAAAACAACACUUAGAAGAACACACUUUUGCUGAUGUUUUAGGAGUACAGCGCCUGUGCCUAAAUGGAUGCCAUACCAUGUGCUACCCUGUUUCAGGGUUUUAAUAUAUAUCCCUUGGUUUUCAGAAGGGUUUUUAUGUCAAAAAGAUAUUUUUAUGCAUUUAAUGAUAUCAUGUAAUCAUGUUUGUUUAUUGGUCUUUGUUUAUUUUCUUUUUUUACACCACAGCCUUUUUUUCAUUCUAUCAAAACUGUAAAUUAUACAUUAUAUAAAGAGUUUCAUUUAAAGAUUUACAUGGACCUAUAAUUAUUGUAAUUAUUGAGAGAUGUAGCCUUUAUUAAAGUUUUAUAUUUUUCAAACGAAA